CCCUGGGACUGUCACUCCAGCCGGAGCUGCGAGCUCCAUGUCCCCGCUAUGGCGCGUUCCUCGGCCCGGCCGUGGGGCCCCCUGUGGGUCCUGCCCCUGCUGCUCCUGGCGCCCCACGGGGCCCUCGGCUUCUUCCCCAACUUCUGGUCGCGGGCCAUGGCCCUGGCCUGGGGCUCCGCCACCCACCAGGACCUGACGGAGGACGCGCUGCUCAACGCCACCCUGGAGCUUUUCCGGGACCUGCCGCCCCCCCGCGGCCGGCGCCCCGCCUGGGAGCAGCUCCAGGGCCGGCCCCUGCUGGCGGACGAGGUGUUCGCGGCCUAUUACGGCCCCGGGGCGUCGGCCCGGCGGUUCCGCGCGGCGCUGGCGGAGGUGGCCAACGCCAACGCGGCCCUGGACUUCCAGCCGGCGGCGCGGGACGACCCGGUGCUGCACUUCGACGGCGAGUUGCUGCGGCCGGCGGCCGCCUCCCUCCUGCGCGCCCGGCGCGAGGUGCUGCAGGCCCUGGGCGCCGAGCUCUACCCCCUGGCCCGCCGGCGCCUCGGCCAGCUGCUCCACUCGCUGCAGGAUUUCUACAGCCACAGUAACUGGGUCGAACUGGGCCACCGCGGGAUCCACCCGGACCUGCUCCAACCCGGCCGUGAGCUGGGCUCCAUUGCCGGAGCCGAUGUCCCGACCUGCCGCUCCUGCACCGGCUGGACCUGCCAGGGGAACCUCCUGGGCUCGCUCCGGCAGCGCGGGCUGCUGACCAGCGGCUACUUCGGCUCCGAGCCGGGGAAACCGCCCGGGAAGUGCAGCCACGGGGGGCAGCUCGACAGCAGCCGCCUGCGGGACCCCCAAGGGGGGAUAAACAAGGACAGUUCGUCCCCCCUCUUCUCCCCCCACCACUAUCUGCACGGCCCGGCGGCCGGCCUGGCCCUCGAGGCCUCGGCCCGGUUCCUGCGAGACCUGCGGCGGGACCUGGCCCAUGACAAGCGAUUCAUGAGGCUGCUGGACGUCAGCCCCGGCGUGGGGCUCAGCUUGGUGCUGGACACCACGGGCAGCAUGGGCGAGGAGAUCGGCGCCGCCCGGCUCCAGGCCCGCGACAUCCUCACCCGCCGGCUGGGGGGCCCCGAGGAGCCCGACUUCUACCUGCUGGUCCCCUUCCACGACCCCGGCUUCGGGCCCGUGCACAAGACGAGCGACGCCGACGAAUUCCUGAGGAUCCUGAAUUCGAUCAGCCCCCUGGCCGGGGGCGACGAGCCCGAGAUGUGUCUGUCGGCGCUGCAGCUGGCCCUGCUGCACUCGCCCCCCAUGUCCGAGAUCUUCGUCUUCACGGACGCCUCGGCGAAGGACGCCCACCUCCGGAGCAGCGUGGAGGCCCUGAUCCAGGAGCGCAGGUGCAAGGUGACUUUCCUGAUCACGGAGGACCCCUCCAGGACACGGGUGAGGCGGGAGGUGCUGGCCCCUGACCGCUUUGACCUGUAUGUGGACCUGGCCCGCAGCUCCGGCGGCCAGAUUAUCUUCACCGACAACGCCAACAUCCGGCAGGUGGCGGGCGUCAUCGGCGAGACCACUGCUUCCUCGGUGACCCUGUUCCAGUACCAGAGGGGGGGCAGCUCGGGCCCCGAGGGGCUGGGCCGGAGGGGGCAGAGGAAACGGGCCGCCUGGGAGAGCCACCGCUUCUGGAUCGACAGCCGGGUGGACGGGGCCAUAGUGACCGUCCAGGGGGACGUCGGCACCUUCCGGCUCCAGGACCCGAGCGGGACCUCCCAGAGCUCGGACGCCGCCAGCGGCCCCCUGGGCACCGGCCAGCGAUUCGGGACUUUCCACCGGCUCGAGCUCUCGCCCCGGCCGCCCGUCGGCCUCUGGACCCUGGAGGUGCAGGCGCAGGGCAACUACUCGGUGCACGUGCGAGGCAACAGCUCGCUGGAUUUCCUGUCUUACUUCGCUGUCCCGGCCCAGGGGCCCCACCCAGGACUCUUCAAGCUGGACAGUCGCCCGGUGAGAGGGCUGCCUCUGUCGCUGGUCCUGGCCGUGACGGGGCUGACCCGGCCGGGCGAGGGCUCGGUCCGGAUGGAGGCGGUGGAGCUGGCGGACCCCCUCACGGGCCGGCGGCUGGGCGGGGAGCUGCCGCUCCAGGAAGUGGCCAAGGGGACGGGGCUUUACGCUGCGGCCCUGCCCCCGGCCCUGCCCCGGGGGGGCUUCGCGCUGAUCCUGCGAGGGUCCGACAGCCGGGGCCGGCGCGUGGAGAGGCCAGCCCCCCAGGUCACCUCGGCCGUGGGGUUCCUGCUGCAGCUGAGCAGCGCCGGGCCCCUGUUCCCGGGGCAGACGGGCGCCGUCGCCUGGUGGGUCUGGAACCCCGAGGAGCCCCAGGAGCUGGGCCUGGCCGUGAGCAGCGACCCCGGCUACCCCGUCAGCACCUCCAGCCCACGGCUGCAGCUGGCCAGGAACCAGACGGCGACGGGCGUCAUCUCGCUGCAGGUGCCCGGCAGCGCCCCCCCCGGGUCGGCCGUCACCGUCACCCUCCGCGCCGACCCCCUUUCCCCGGCCGGGGACGCCAACUUCGCCUUCAUCCAGCUCCUGGUGCUGCACCGGCCACCGGUGCCGAAUCGCGCCUCCCCUCCCUGCAACGUCACCUCGGUGGCUGGCACCUGCGGCCCACCAGGGUCCCCCUGCCGCGAGCGCCGCUGGACGGCCAGGCUGCGGAUCUGGGACGGGGACGGCAUCCGGUCGGUGCGGGCAGGGGGCGCGGCCGUGCCCCACUGGGCUGAUGGCCAGGCUGCGACGGCCACCUACUCCUCCGACUGCUGCACCCGGGAGGCGGAGCUUCUGGUGACCAAUCGGCUGGGGGAGGAGUAUCGGUGCCCGGUGGCGGCGCCUCCUGCUGGCGCCGCGGGGGACCUGGCUCUCACCCCCUGGUGGGGGGUGGCAGCGUUGGCCGUUCAGGUGGCCUUUCAUGUCGGGCUGGGGCACUGAUGCCACAGGGCGCCCCCUAGUGUGUGUGUGGAGCUAUGGUACAGCAUCCAGUCCUGGCUACGGCACCCUCUACUGGAGACAGGUGGUACUGCACCCAGCUGGGAGGUUCUUCCUAUAGGGUGCCCUCUAGUGGAGACAGGUGGUACUGCACCCAGCUGGGACGCUCUUCCUAUAUGGUGCCCUCUAGUGGAGACAAUUGGUACUGCACCCGGCUGGGAUGCUUUUCCUAUAGGGUGCCCUCUAGUGGAGACAGGUGGUACUGCACUCGGCUGGACGUUCUUCCUCUAGGGUGCCCUCUAGUGGGGAUGCGGUAGAGCAUCCAGGUCAGCUCUCCUCUGCAGCUGCACUGGGGGCUGCUGGGAGAAAAGGGACCGGUGACCGUGUAGCUCUAACACCCUGCAGUGUGUGUGUGUGUGUGAGAGAGAGGGGGGUGGGC